CCAUCACUCGCGCCUCUCAGAUACUCGAGCGACCUAAACUAACGCUGCCCAACCUGUGAGGCUAGAGCCCUACGUCCUGCCCUGGUAUAUUCUAUUGGGUCUGGAGAAGUCCAACCCUGCCGACGAACAAUCCGACUUGCUCAGUCGUUUUUUCGCUGGCUGCAGCUUACAUCGAGCCCCAGCCUGGUCCCUUCCGAUGCUGGAGCCGGACACACGAACCUCCCGUGUUAUCCAGCUGAACCUUAUUAUCGAUUUUUGUCACCGUUGCCUUUGAACGGCUCGAACCAAUUGGGUCCCCCAACUCAGGAAACCAACAGAAGCACGAGACACCUAGACUACGAUGCCUCGAGACAAGGAACGUUCGGUCAACCCUGCCGCUGCGCAGCGGAAACUGGAGAAGCAGAAGAGUCUCAAAAAGGGCAAGGCCGAGGCGCAGGCCCGUAAGAAUGAAAAACUAGGGCGUCGUAAUCCAGAACGCAUCCAGCGGCAAAUCAACGACCUGAAGGAAAUGGAGCAGUCAGGGCAGGGUCUACGGCCACGUGAGAAGCAGAUCUUGGAAGCUCUCGAACGGGAUUUGCGGGCUGUGCUGAAAGCAAGGGAAGCCUUGGGUGAUAAGGCACCCAAGUUUGCGAGCUCGCACUACGAGCGGGGUGACGAUCACCCGCGGGAUCGUAGGGACGGAGGGGUACUGGGGAAGCGGAGGCGUGACGGCCAUGGACGCUUUGGAGAGAAAGAUAGUGAUAGCAGUGAAACUGACGAGGAGGUGCGGAGAAUACCGAUGCCUCGAGAUACCCCUCCACCUAUCCCGCGCGAGUUCCAGAGGAGGAAAGACGCAAAUGCAGGUGUCGAAGGUGGUCGGGGCCCGCAUCCCCUCCCAGCGAAGCCUUCGGAGACAGAAUCGAGAACAGUCUACGAGGCAAAGCCCGAGAUUCGAGACCUAAGGAAGGAAGCCGUGAACAAAUUCAUCCCAGCAGCGGUCCGAGUGAAGCACGACUCAAUACGAGGACAGGGAAAGCUAUUGGAACCGGAAGAACUCGAUCGACUGGAAAAGGCCGGGUACAACGCCGGUCCUACGGAGAUGGCACCAACUGCCGAGGAACAAGAAACGCUCCUCGAAGAAGAGAAACGCUUCAACCAAGAGCUCAAAUCUGUCCAGAUCGAGGAAGUCGAGGACGAGGAAGCAUAAUGAUACCCACAUGUACUAUAGUAACGAUAAAACCCGCUCGCCACGGCCCAGAUCCGUCUAGCGUAGGCACCCCAAUUAUGGAAUGUGAUGAUACCUGCAGGUCUGUGAUACCGCAGUCAAGAAUAGAGUCGAGUCCCAUCCAUCCCAGGCUACACCAACU